AAACGAGGGACCGGAACUACGCGUCUUCACGGCCGCCAUCUUGACGCCGUUUCCAGACAAGAGGGAGUAGGAGGGGGGAGAAUAACGGGAGCUGGGACGCAGUGGAAAUUAAAUCAAACGGAGGGAAACGCGGAAGGAUGCGACGCGUUGAACGGGCCGGGUUCAUGUGAGGAGAAGCCACUGGAGAACAGGAAGUCUGUGAUGAAGAGGAUCCCCACCCGCGUACUGGACCCCCUGAUCCACGAGACGAGCUUAGUUUAAAGUCCACAAAACCAGAUUGGAAAAGCACCAACUUAAACAUAUACACCCGUGCUGCUGAAAACAUGGCCAACAUGUGCCCGUACGGGUUCUUCACCCACGCCGUGGUCCGGGGGAUCCCGGAGACCUUUGGGAAGACGGCGGCCGGGGGUCCCGAGGACGGCGAGGUCCCCGUGGACCUGGCCAAGGCUCAGCGGCAGUUCGGGUGCCUGACGGGAGCCCUGAGGCAGAAGGUGGGCCUGCAGCUGAUCGAGAUCCCCCCUGAGCCCGCGCUGCCGGAGAGCUGGAGGAUGGAGGAUGUGGCCGUCGUCCAGGGAGACACGGCGCUCAUCACCAGGCCCUUCAAACAGCAGAGACGCGCUGAGGCGGAGGCGGUGAGGCGGGUGAUGUCGGAGCUCAACCUGACCGUGGUGGAGAUGGGGGCCGAGGAGGGCGGCUCAGGCGGGGCCACGCUGGAGGGCAGCGACGUCCUCUUCACGGGCAGGGAGUUCUUCGUGGGCGUCUCCUCCCACACCAACUGCAGAGGAGCCGAGGUGCUGGCGGACACUUUCAGGGACUUCGCCGUCUCCACGGUUCCCGUCUGCGGAGGAGCUCGGCUGAAAAACAUCUGCUCCAUGGGAGGCCCAGACACCAUCAUCUUCAGCAGCAGUGAGGGAGCCAAGAAGACGCUCAGGAUGAUGGAACAGCUGACCGACCACCAUUAUGAAGUGCUCACUGUCCCAGAGGAAUCUGCAGCAAACUGCGUCUACAUCAAAGGUCCGUCUAAGCGGCACUUCCUGCUCCACCGGCCGGCAGAGGAAUGUCCCGACGGCGUCUCUGCCUUCCAGAAGCUGCAGGACUACACCCUGCUGCCGACAGCCUGCAGCGAAGCCGCCAAGCUCGGAGCGUCCUUGUCCUCGCUCUGUCUCCUCGUCAACAGGAAGCACACGUAUUUCUGAAGACUCCCCUGCUGACGGCCCAGUAUGGUGUAGAGGGGCCUGUGCAACAGUUGCAGGCAAAGGCAGAUUCUUGGCAUGAAAGGUGCAGCACGCUUGUUUCUUCACAAAAUACUCAUAAAAUCUUGGAAGUCAGCUGGCGUUGGGCUGUUUUGAAUUUAUGACUACGUUUCCACUUUCUGCAGAUGCAAGUGAUCAGAUGGGGAAAAAACUGACAUAGUAACAGUAUAAACAUACAAUGUUAUUCUGCAGACAUACUGUAAAUAGAAUGUAAUGUAGACCAGGGUGUGAACUAAAACCACAGGAGAUGGUGGGUCCUAGAUUUAGCCAUUACAUCACUUUCAUAAACAUUAAUUGUUAAUGCAAGAUAAGACAUGUAAUGGUUAGAAUAACCAGAGAUUUUGUUCCUUGUACUUGGUGUUGCACAGCUUUGGUACAGGGAUGUGGUCGGGAGGAGCCAGGAACUAUGCAUCCUGCUGUUCACCUAUUUUAUAAGAAACACUAUGACUUAUGGUUCCUUUAUAUCUGCAGAUUUCUGUACCGCUUUCACCUACUACAUGAAGUACUUUUGCUAAACAGAAAAUAUUGCUAAUACAACACAUCAAAUCUUUACCAGUGUAAUGUAACUAAAUGUUUUAGCUUUUGUGUACUUAAAGUCUGCUUACGAGAGUGCACCUCAAUAAUGGUACAAAGUAACAGCACCAUCACUUGAAGUGGAAUUGUACUGAGUUGGUUUUAGCAUAGUUGACCUAUUAAAAUAAAUGAUCAGCCCAGGAGCCCACAUCCACUUCUUAUGAUUUGUGGUAUAUAAACUGACCAAAAUAAACCAUGUGCAACACA